AUGACUGAUACCGAGAGUAGCCGAGAUGGGUCUCGGGAUAAUGCCGAGAUGUCGCCGAUGAAGGGGUCGGGCGAACAUGUCAGAGAAAAUUUCAAGGUUGUGCUCUUGGAUUUUGAACAGGCACCAUAUGUCACCCUUGAUGUAUUCACAUCGCAGAGAUUCAAAGGCAACCCGGUGGCCAUUGUGAAGCUUAACGAUGUCAAGUUGGCACAAGAACAAAAGCAACAAAUCGCUAAGGAAUUCAACUUCUCCGAGACAGUGUUCUUACAUCCCGCCACAGGAGAUGGGAACCCUCAGGUAGACAUCUUCACGCCUGUCAACGAGAUGGAAUUCGCCGGCCAUCCCAUCAUUGGCGCUGGCCACUUCCUCUUCCGCCAGGUAUUAGCCAAUACUCCCAAUCGAUCAGGCACCCUCACUAUAAUGACCAAAGCCGGACCUGUCCCAAUAUCAUAUGAUCCAGCCAACGAGGUGGUCUCCGCUGAGGCCCCCCACAAUAUUCAUAUCCACCAGCAGGGUGCGACAGCAAACCAUAUCCUUCCUGUUCAAGCAAGCCUGAGCGCGGUUUCGGAUCUACACGGAGUAGCAGAGAAAUCACCAGUAAUCUCGGUGGUCAAAGGUGUCACAUAUGUGCUGGUGGAUCUGACUGAAAGGCCAGAUAUCUUCGCCAACAUUGUGCCCGGUGGUAGUCCAGAGCUUGAUCUUGACGCAGGAUGGUCGCCAUCCUUCACCGGAAUCAUGUAUCACCGGCAUCUUGGGUCUCGUACGGAGGGAGACUUGGUGAUUUGGGAUCUUCGUGUGCGCAUGAUCGCGAUCGGUCUAGAGGAUCCUGCUUGUGGUAGUGGCGGGUGUUCUCUCGGGGCUUACCUUGCACUAUCAAAUGGUCAGAAGGGCCGGAAUCACUGGUUCUAUAUUGAUCAGGGAAUUGAGAUGGGCAGGGAUAGUCAUAUCAUUGUGGAUGUUCUCUUGGAUGAGGACAGGAAGAAGGUCUCCACUAUAAGACUCGCUGGCCAUGCUGCAUUUGUAGCAGAAGGGAACAUCUUUUUUGAUUGA